UAAGGUUUGCUCUCCGGCGUAGAGCUUCCAACUACUAGUGCAAUUUGCAACUAGAUGUUUCAAUUAAGUAGGAGAGCGUUAUUUUUAAGUAGGAAUUACGUACAAACAAGAAUUUUUUAUACGUUUAUUGUAGCGAUGACUACUUUAAGAUAGAUAUGGAUGUGAGAAUUUUCUUUUGAACGUUGCAAAACUUGUGAUAGACUGCAUGGCGAUUACCUAAGCUCAGAGCUUUUACCAAAAGCGAGAAGAUGAGUACCAUUACAGAAGAUGAAGAGAGAGGUCUUCGGUUACACAAAUUGUUAGACGAGUCACUCAACACACUUCGAGAAUAUCUUACAGCUCCCUAUAAAACUGGACCAUUGACAUUUCAAGAUGUUCUCAGGAAAGAAGAGAAGAAUCUACGAUCUAAAUUACUUCCAUAUCAAGUUGAAAUCGUAUAUCCAAACGGUGCUGUAGAAUCUGAUCCUACAACUUAUGAUGCUAGUCUCUUGGCAGCUUUGCUCAGAUUUGUGAGAAAAAUACCAAAACCAAAAACGGGAUGGCAUAAUCCACCGUUAAACACUGAUAAAUCGGAUUCCGCUCAUAUUGUUCGAAUACAGCUUAGCAGAAAUAAACUAAUGCACAAUCGAUUGAAGAAAACGGAUGUUGAAUAUCAUGACUUCCUAAACGACAUUGGUAAUUCAAUGGUCGCCUUAGGUUGUGACCUGAAGUUUGUGAAAAAGAUCAUUAACAUGCCCCUUGAUAACAAUACUUCAGCAUUGCUGAAACUAAAAGAGAAAGAUUUAGAAAAGUCAAAUGAAAAAGUUUUAGAGCUUGCAAAAGCCCUCCUUGAUUUUGAGACUCCGUUCAAAGGCGGUAUUUCUUUCGGAGUGGUGUCGCUAAUUCCUUCUUUUACAGGAAGAAAGCUGGAUGUAGUGAAGCUACAUUCCAUGUUAUCAUCAGAUUCUAGAAUCCCGACUGUUAUAACUGGAUUACCAGGCACAGGAAAAACUUCUCUUGCGCUUUUUUAUUGUUACGAAUAUUCAGAGAGUUAUGAUAAUAACAUUAUAUGGUUAAACGCAAAUGGAAUUGAAGCUUUAAAAACAUCAGUUGCUGGUCUAGCAAGACAUUUGAAACUUUUAGAUCACGAGCAGUCUUUUGAUGUUAAACUUUUGUUAGCAGAAAUAUUCGACAAAUUUUUAGACAGAAAAAUAUUGUUUGUAUUCGAUAACGCUGACGAACAUGAAACGAUUUUGGAUGUGUUACCUAAAUCGUUUUCAUCGCCUGCAUCGAAUUCGACUAUCCUGAUCACGUCAAGAUUGUCUAAAUGGGGACAAAGAGUGAAUGAAAUGAGCCUCACAACGUUAACAAAAGAAGAAUCUACAGAGCUCAUUCGCAAUUACUUGCCUAAAGAACUCAUCGAAGAUAACGAUAACUUAAACGAACUGUAUGAAUUGUUAGAAGGUUUUCCAUUAGCUCUGCAGCAAAGCAUAAACUUUAUGAAACAUCAUGUUAUCACAACCAAGGAGUAUAUUAAGAAAUUUAAAGAACAACAACAAGCACAUAGAUUGUUGUCAUUUGCUUCUGAUGAUGUUAUGUACAAACACAACUUCUACAGUGCCAUCAUGAUGACGUUGAACUCUCUUGAACAGUGUGAGAAUAACAUUGUAAAUGAUCUCAUGGGAAUACUAUCUUUCAUGGACGGUCUAAAAAUUGAAAAGCAAUUAUUUAAUUUGUUUGAUUGUUACAGUAUUGAAGACAUAGAAGAUGCCAUGAAGUCAUUGGAGCAGUUCUCACUUAUCCAAAUUCAUCGCAAUUAUCUUACACGAGAAUGCUACAUAACUGUUCAUGGUUUGGUACAGCGAGUUGUUCGAGAAUUAUCUAAAAUUUUGGCUAAAAGUGAUCAAUUCCUGGAAGUACUUUUCAAUGCAUUUCAAUGUAUAAUUGACGAAAAAGAAAAUGUGGAACAUGUUAAUUUUGGAUCCCUGUGGCUGCAUCACAUCAUUCAAAUAUUUCACACAUCAAAAGAUGACAUUGUAGUGCGAAAGUUCCUUGCUCGUUUAAAGUAUUAUUUUGCGGCUGCUUUGACCAAUGUUGGCAAUGAUGAUAUAGCUUUAGACUUUCUGCAAUGUAUUAUUCAAGAUCAACACGAACCAAACCAAACUACUUUCGAUACCUUGAAAUUGAUUCUUCUGUCCUUGAUUAACCUAAGGAAAUGGAGAGAAGCGUUAGAUAUUUGCUUCCAGAUGAAAGAAAUUACCAGUGCUAUACCAGGUACAAAGCUGUCAAAUGCUACUGAUGUCCAACAUCACAUUGCGUUUUGCUAUUCACGUCUUGGCCGCAAUGAAGAGGCUCUAAACGCAUAUGAAGAUUUAAGAUUAAAAGAAAAAACUCCUAUUUUUAACCAAUCAAAACUUACAACAGAUAUAAACAUAGCAAUGGAAUAUUAUUAUCUAGCAAACAACGAAAGAGCUCUGGCCGUGAUUGACAAUGCUAUUCAACUAUAUGGGAAAUCCCAUCCUACAAAAGCAGUCGUUUAUUUCUUAGCACAUCGAAAUAAAUCUAUAUUUCUUAUUAGACUAGGUAAGCACGAAGAAGCAAUAGAUAUGCUACAUAAUUUAUUGCCAGAAUGCAUCAAAACACUUGGUGAUCACCAUCAAGAAACAUUAAAUGUGUAUAAUUGCCUCGCUAAUGCUCUCAAAAGCUUUGGAAAGAUUGAAGAAGCUCUAAAUCUUCUUCUAGAAAUAAAAGAAAAAAGAAAACAAUUAGGAAACGAUUUCAAUCAUCACUCUUUGCUAAAUAGGAUAGAUAUCGCAGAAUGUUUUUGCCUGAAAGGAAAUUAUUCUCUUGCUAUUAAAGAAUACAGUGACAUUCUAAAGGUUAGAAUAGAAUUGCAUGGAGAGGAUCAUACUGAUGUCAGACAUACCAAACUUGAACUUGCAAAAACAUAUUAUUUUAAAGGAAAUUAUAGAAAAGCUUUACAUCUUUAUAUGGAUGUGAAAGAAACGCUGACAAAGUAUGAAUUUGUUGACAAUUGCAUAGCCAAUUGCCUGCUGCAACUGGGAGAGUACAAAGAAGCCUACGAAUUGUACGUGAAAGUCGAGAAAUUAAGUGCAUGCAGAAAGUCAAUAGCUAAUUUAACACACAAACUCAACAUUGGCAUUUGCUUGCAGCAUAUGGGUCAUUACAAAGAAGCUCAUGUUAUAUACGACAAUGUCUAUCAACAAUACCUAGUCACUCAUGGCGAAGUUAAACCAGAAACAGUUAUCCCUAAAUUUCGUUUUGCAAGUUGUCUUGUUGACUGUAGCAAGUAUCAAGAUGCAAUCCACCUGCUGAUUACCAUAACAGAUUCCAAAUGUUACCAACCUGAUGACAUCUAUAAACUGAGAGCUUAUUAUGAGCUUGCGAGAAGCUAUUUCUACCUUGGUAAAACGAAAGAAGCUAUAGAUAAUAUUAAUGAAGUACUGAGGAUUGGUUCUGAAUUAGAGGAAUGUCAUGUUUUGAAAGUGAAGUCAAAGAUUCUGCACGCAGAGUGUCUAUUGAUCAAUGACUUGGAAAAAAACGAAAUUGAACAAGUUUACGACACAUUAACGAAAGCGAUGCAGAAUGCUUCUGAACUUGGCGACAGUCACCCAUUAUUACUGCUAGCAAAGGUCAUCGUUUCAAAAACUCUUUUUAAGCGUGAAAAAAUAAGCGAAGGUCUCGAGAUUUUACGAGACGUUAGAUCCCUUCAAACAUCUGUUCUUGGACCCGAUCACCCUCAUACUUUAAAAACUUUAUAUAACAUUGCAAUGUUUUCUUUGGACAUUCAGGAAAGAAAACGAAAGCUGGAAGAAAUUUUAAAGCUUCAAAGAGAGAUUUUAGGUGAGCUACAGUAUGAUACAAUUGAAACUGAAAAACAAAUUGCAAAUUGUUUCCACCAAGAAGGAAAACAUGAGAAGGCGCUUAAUUUAUAUAAAAAUUUGCUUGUGAAACAAGAAUCUGUUCUUGGAAAACUCCACAGGGAGACUAUUCAAACUCAAGAAUCGUAUGACUUCUGUUUAACGCACGUGUCUAAUAAAAAUAAAUGCCGUAUUAUGUGAUGAUCUUGUUGUAACUGUUGUUUAUAUACAUGAGCCCAAUGAUGUCA